AUGAAUAGCGAUAAUGAAAUAAUAACAAAGAAUGAUAGACUAAUUUCUCAUCUUGAUUAAGACUAAGCCAAGUUUAAAAUUGCUGGAAAGGCUAGUAUCAAAUUAGAUUCUUAAUUUCCAACAAAUUCAAACUUCUAUGGGAGUAUUCUUUAAAUUAAAUUCUUAAGAUGUGAGAAAAGAUCAUUAGACCAUAUUUCAAAAAGUUGGCUACUCUGUUUCUUAAGAUCUGAAUUAAUAAAUUGCGAAAGCGAGCCUUGUUUCCACUGAAAUUUAAUCUGUUCGUAAAGUUACUAAUCACUAAAUUCAGUAAUUCUUCAUUCCAAGUGGGUAGAGUAUUGAAAUUCUCAAUAAUAAUGAUUAAUUUGGAAACAAUUCUGAAAGUCCGUAUAAUCUCCAAAGGAAUACAAAAAGAUUUCAACAUCAUUAAGAUUCCUAAGAAAAUUUAUAUGAUAAUUUUAAAAGCAGUAGUAAUGACAAUACACCUAGAUCAUUAAAUAGUAUAAGUAUUUUAAAUAAACCAAUUUCAAAAAAUGACAAUCAAAUAAAUCAAAUAAUUGAGAUAGGAAAAUUCAAACGAAUAAGAAGGUGCUUUCAGGUUAUUAGAGCUGUUUUUAGAUUGAAGACGUUAUAUAAGUAAAAAUUUAUUAUUGAUGAAUUAGUUAGAAGAAAUCAACUUGGGAUUUGAAGAUGGCUGCAUUCAAAAAGAAUUAGAUGAUUUUACAUUACAAUGAAAGUAUUACAAAAAUAAAAAUAAAAUAAUGGACCUAAAUGGUAUUUACAAAAAUGAUAUCAGUUAUUCAGUAAAUAAAUUUAGAAAAAUAAUAAUUGAAUUUUAUUGUAAAUAUUUAAUUAUUCAAAUUAAGGACCAACGACACCUAUUAAAGACUAGGAAUAGAGGAAUUACCCAAACAUUUAAUAAUGCAUUAAAUAAGUUAAACAUUUUGCUACUAUUUCCAAUCAAAUUGAUUGCAUCUAAAGAUCUAUUAUAUUUUUAUUAAAAUAAUGCAGAAUUCAUUUUAAUUAUUUUUUUGUGA